AUGGAGAAGGUGAAAAUUGUGCCACCUCCUUCAACACUUUCCGUCUCCAGCUCAGGGAAUAUUGUUGACGAUGUUUACAAUGCAUUUAGUAUUCGUGUAUCCUCACUAACAAAUAGGAGACCAGUCUGGGUCGUAAAUUUUACCGUGGAUCAAAUCUCAUUUUACAUUGGUGCUUUGGGUGGGAUAGGCAUGGCGUACUUGAUGAGCCAGUACGACCUUCAAAAUAUUGACAACAUGGAAUACUUUAAUCAUGAUGACAGAGAAAGUCCUCCCAACGUCUUCUUGGACUUGAUACGUCACAUUAUUACCAAUCCAUUGCACAUUGUCCAUCGCUUCUUUGUCUCUGGAAGUGUGUAUUGUCUUAUCGGCUUGGCCACCAGUCGGAUAUUCAGACAGGAUGGAUGGAUGAGACCUUUAACGUGUGGAAGUUUUACUGGUCUCUACUUUACUAAUGGAGGUACUUUCAUGGACAGGAUAAAGGGUGCCGUUGGAUUUUCUGUAUUUGCUUUAUUGAUGGAGGGAUUUUUUUCUAUUGCUACAAGAUAAACUUCCUUACAACUGUCAGGAUUAUGUGGUU